AUGUAUUCCUAUAGUUGCAAUCGUUCAGUGAUAAUAGAGGCCCAGCUUGAAGAGAGAGGGAUAAGGAAAGACAUUGAUGUCACACUGCUCUACCUGUCUGACAGAAAUCUUAAGGAGGUUUGUGACUUGGGAAGAUUCAAGAUCCUGAGGUAUCUAUGGCUCAAUGGCAACAAGCUGCGGAGAAUUGACUGUAUCCUGAACAACUUCCGACUGUCAGAGUUGUACCUGGAAAACAAUGAGCUGAUUGACAUCAGUGGAGCCCUGGGACACCUCACCUGUCUACAGGUGUUGAUGUUACAUAACAACCAGCUGACUAAACUGGAGGAGGUGGUGAGAGAACUCAGACCCAUGCAGGCACUCAGGGUGCUCAAUCUGUUCAACAACCCCCUUGCCCAGGAGAAUGAGUACAGGUCUUAUGUUAUCCACCAUCUCCCUUCUGUGGAGCUGCUGGACAGACAAGAAGUGCUCCAGUCAGAGCGUGACCGUGCCUGGAGGAUGUAUGAACAGGAGCAGUACUUGUUACGGGAAACCAUCGCCUUUGGGCGCCGGGCAGAGGGACUUCCCCCCAGGACCAGGCCACAGGACAGACACAAACGACCAUCAACUAUACCUGAAAAGGAUGUUGUUGCCAACAACUUUGAUGCGCCUCCCUAUGAGAACCCUAACCACGCAGUGGCCCUACGCAGCGUGAGCCGUGCAGUCAUGCAGUACUCCAUGUUCGACUGGUCAAAAGUGCCAAAAUCUGAGGAAAGGAGAUUAGCAGAGGGGCCUCCCGGACUGCCACAGAUUAUGACCAUCAGAUUUAAAUAAAUAAAAAACUUUGGAAAUAAGACACUAACCCCUGUAUAUUUGAAAUC